UUGGUGGAUUCGUGCGUUUGGUAAUAUUGCCAUUGCCCCAUAACUAUGUUCAUUGUCCUUUCGGUUCUCAAAUCAUCAAGGCUGUCUUUAUCUCAGAAGAGCCACAACAAUCAGACACGAGUCACGUGAUUCGCUGAGCUGAGAAAGCAGAGAUUUUGAUCACCAAUAAUAGCUCAAAAACUAUACAAGAAAAGGGGAGGAAAAAAAAAAAAAGCUCAAACUUUUGAAGAAAUGAUGGAAAGUCAAGAUUUUUAAGGCCAAGUGGGAGGUUUUGGGAAGUGGGCUUUUGUUAUUUUGGUCAAAGAAAAAAAAAUGGAAGGAGGAGAUAGGAUUGAAGAGAGUAGUAGUGUGAGAUUGUUGGGGGGAAGUUGGAGUGGGAGUGAGUCAAGGUGGGUUGAUGGGAGCGAGGUGGACUCGGAAUCACCACCAUGGUCUCAGUUUGAUGAUGAGAAGGAAGAAGGUAAAGAAGGGUUCGGAUCUCUCAGAAGGAGGCUUGUCAAGAAGCCCAAGCGUGUUGAUUCUUUUGAUGUUGAGGCUUUGGAGAUUUCUGGUGCUCGUGGUCAUGAUUCCAAGGACCUUUCCACAUGGAGCACUGUUGCUCUAGCAUUUCAAACACUUGGAGUUGUGUACGGUGACAUGGGUACAAGCCCUUUAUAUGUCUUCACUGAUGUCUUCAGCAAAGUGCGAAUCGAGUCAGAGGUUGACGUCUUGGGGGCUUUAUCACUUGUGAUGUACACGAUUGCUCUUAUACCAUUAGCCAAAUACGUUUUUGUAGUUCUCAAAGCCAAUGAUAAUGGCGAAGGAGGAACGUUUGCACUGUAUUCACUGAUAUGCAGGUAUGCAAAGGUGCAUAUGCUUCCUAAUCGUCAGCCAGCCGAUGAACAUAUCUCUAGUUUUAAGCUGAAACUGCCCACUCCAGAGUUGGAAAGGGCUUUGCGUAUAAAAGAGGCUUUGGAAACGAUAGCACCUUUGAAAACCCUUCUCUUGUUUCUGGUCCUAACGGGGACUUCCAUGAUUAUAGGAGAUGGUAUACUAACCCCAGCGAUGUCAGUGUUGUCUGCUGUGAGUGGUCUGAAGGGUGCGGUAAAAGGCAUUGAUACAGGUGCUGUGGUUAUUGUUUCAAUUUUGAUUCUAGCUGCGUUAUUCAGCAUACAGUGCUUUGGGACGAACAAAGUGGGUUUCAUGUUUGCUCCAAUACUCGCUAUGUGGUUCUUCAGUCUGGGAUCUAUCGGAAUUUACAAUCUUGCGAUGCAUGGUUUUACAGUCUUGAAAGCUUUUAAUCCGGCUUAUAUAUAUUUCUUCUUCAAAAAGAACGGCAUCGGAGCCUGGACUGCUCUUGGUGGUUGUGUUCUGUGUAUUACAGGAGCUGAAGCAAUGUUUGCUGACUUGGGCCAUUUUUCUGUACGAGCCAUACAGAUUGCCUUCAGUUUCGUCGUUUUCCCCUGUCUUCUCUUGGCUUACAUGGGCCAAGCUGCGUAUCUGCUGAAAUACCCUGCUUCUGCAGAAAGAAUAUUUUAUGAUUGCGUGCCAGAUCAUCUUUUCUGGCCUGUCCUUGUGAUAGCCACUCUUGCUGCAAUGAUUGCCAGCCAAGCGAUGAUUUCCGCAACAUUUUCGUGUGUCAAACAAGCCAUGGCUCUUGGAUGCUUUCCUAGGUUGAAGAUAAUUCACACCUCGAGGAGACUAAUGGGUCAAAUCUACAUCCCUGUCAUCAAUUGGUUUUUAAUGGUCAUGUGCAUAGUUGUAGUUUCCAUCUUUAGGAGCACCACAGAUAUUGCCAACGCAUACGGCAUAGCCGAAGUUGGUGUCAUGCUUGUGAGUACAACCUUGGUGACGCUUGUAAUGCUCCUCAUUUGGCAGACCAACUUGUUCCUGGCCUUGUGUUUCCCUGUCGUUUUCGGGUCAAUAGAGCUCAUCUACUUGUCUGCAGUUCUAUCAAAAGUCUUGGAGGGUGGUUGGCUGCCACUUGUUUUUUCCACUUUCUUUCUCUGUGUAAUGUACACUUGGAAUUAUGGGAGUGUUUUGAAGUACCAGAGUGAGGUUAGAGAGAAGAUAUCCAUGGACUUCAUGCUUGAGCUUGGCUCCACACUUGGGACUGUUCGAACCCCAGGAAUAGGAUUGUUGUACAAUGAGCUUGUCCAGGGCAUUCCUUCCAUUUUUGGUCAGUUUCUUCUUAGCCUUCCAGCUAUCCACUCCACCAUAGUCUUUGUUUGCAUCAAGUAUGUCCCCGUCCCAGUUGUUCCUCAAGAGGAAAGAUUUCUGUUUCGAAGAGUUUGCCAAAAGGAUUACCAUAUGUUCCGCUGCAUUGCCCGGUAUGGUUAUAAAGAUGUCCGAAAGGAGGAUCACCACGCAUUUGAGCAACUUUUGGUUGAAAGCCUCAAGAAUUUUUUAAGGAGGGAGGCUCAAGAUCUUGCCUUGGAGAGCAAUUUAACCGAAAUAGAGUACGAUAGCAUCUCAAUGACGUCAAGGGAUUCAAGAGUCCCAACCGGUGAUGGGAAUGAGGAGCUAAGGAUUCCAUUGAUGCAGGAAGGAAGAUUUGAUGAGACAGGAACUUCCUCAGCAGAAACUGCUAUGGCGUUGCCAUCUAGUGUGAUGUCAUCUGAUGAAGACCCGAGUUUGGAGUAUGAGCUCUCAGCUCUCCGCGAAGCAAUAGAUUCGGGAUUCACUUACUUGCUUGCACAUGGCGAUGUGAGGGCAAAGAAAAACUCAUUUUUCCUCAAGAAGCUGAUUAUAAACUAUUUCUAUGCAUUCUUGAGGAGGAACUGUAGAGUCGGUGCCGCAAAUAUGAGUGUACCCCACAUGAACAUCCUUCAGGUUGGGAUGACAUAUAUGGUCUGAUUCUGUUUAUUUAUUUGGAAUUAGCCCAUUUUCAUUCAUUAGUUGUGUAUUGCAAGUUGCAAUAUCUAUGUCAAAAUCUCAAAUGUACUUUGCUUAUUUAUAAGUAAUAAUAAUAAACAAUAAACAGUC